GCAGUUGAUCCGUUACACUUGCGUUUGAAGCACAAUGAAGUCCUACCUCUUUCUUGCAGUGCACUGCUGUUUAACGCUUGUGUAUUCCGCGCCGCUAAAAGUCGCACACCACUUGAAGCCCGAGAUUACGGUUGGCAUGAGUUUAGCGAAGAAGAUUCUGGACAACAUUCCUGCUGUACACGAGACAUACCUCAAAAGAACGGGUCUGACCCUUGAACUGUCCAGUGAAGAACAAAACUUGGAGUAUUUAAGUGGCAUUAGCAUUCCUGAACCACCAGUGCUCAAGACCAUAUCAGAGGACUUCACCUUGGAGAUGAGCUUGAGCCGUAUUGUAGAGGGUUUGGAAUUACACCAUGCACUUCUGCAGAGAAUCAGUGAAUCCUUGACCUCCACAGAAAAACUGAACCUUCUUCUUGCAGAUAUUAGUGAACUGUCUGCUCAGGUCAAAAAGAUGCAACAGUUGGCUCAGAUAUCCAGUAAAGUAUCCCAGAAAGCUUUUCCAGAUCUCUCUCCAAGCCUUGACAGCAAUUAUCAAGUCCAAGUGAUCACACAUCUUUCACUGCAGCAGCUGCGCAGCUUUACACAGGAUGUUUUCCGCAGUCUACGCCAAAUCGCUGUCUCCAACUAGGUUUAUAGAACAGUUAUUCCAAGAGUGCAGAUAUUCAAGAAAACCACUGGGAUGUUCACUGUUUGUAUCACUCAGAUAAUAGUAUGAGAGCUGUACAAAGUGGAGGCAGGAUUUUUAAAUUUUUUUAUUGUAAGUGCCAAUGUUUUCUUUUGCGAGUGGAAUCAAAGCAGGGAACAGAGUUAUGUGAUUUUGCUUGCAGCAGGUUUUUACAUGUAAGAGUUUUUGUAGGGAUUUUGCAAGGAAGGUCUGGGUUUCUCUCAAUUGUGAGCAUGGAAGGGAAAAUGGAAAACCUGGAGUGGUGCUAGAGACAAGCGAUUACAUAACACUUUGAAUGGAGAUGGGAAAAGGAAAUCUCUGUCACACAUUCCAUGUACAUGUGCUUUUCCAGCCCGUAUGUGUAAUUGCAGGCCUAUUUUCAUGAUCCUCAAUUUCUCACUAGACCAAUUUAGAAUGCUUAGCUAAGUUUGCAACACCUCUUUGGACCCUUUUCACAGACUGAUGACGCAUUUCCGCUUUUUUAUAUUUGCAAUUGUUUUAAUUCAUGUACAUUUAUAACAUUAUACUUUGUAUUAUAUUACCCUGGAAUUGGCUUUAAAACCAAGUUAACAGCCGUGAUGAGGCUUCUAUUUGCAGCUACUGAGAGUGACAGUAAAUGUGUCGUCAUUCUCUCAUCUGACUGCUGUAAUGAAGCACUCUAUUUUUUAUUUGAAAAGCUAAAAAAGCAUAAUAUUGGAUUUUUUCUUUUGCUGUUGAAGCAAACACAUAAGCAAAAAUUAUAUUUGCUAUGGUAUCCCAUUCACUGCUCUAAGUUUACCCUGCUAUUAUUUACUUCUGCAUUACAAACCCAGAUGUGUGAAGAGUCCAUUGUUUUAAAGGAAUGUAUUUAUCUAUUUAUUUAUAACUUAAUGAAUAUUUAAUAUUGUUUGUAUUUAUUUAUUUUGUUAUUUAUAUUGUGUGGUUGUACCCUGUGGGUGCUGUGAUGUUUGUGGAUUUCUAUUAAACAUGAAUACAUUUAUAUUUAUUACUGAUUACAUAUUGUUAAACCAUUUUGUGAAUUACAAUAAAACAAGGGUCUUCAAUAGAGGGUUCGCAAAUUUGAGUUUGAUCCACCAUUGGCACUUGUAUUAAUCACACAAACACGCGAGCGAUAACUACAGAUAAGUGUGUGAAUUUUAAUCCAUCGACAGGUUCCCCGCACAUACAUGAAUCCUUGCUCACAUUCGCGCAUCCAGCUGUAUUUAGUUAUGAACUGAUUGGAACGCCAAACUAUUAAAGUUUUACGGUGGCCCAGUAGUGCACAACACAACGAAAUUCAAAAAGCAAACAAAAGUUCACAACACAACGGAAACAAGCCACAACACAACGCAAAAAAGCCGCAACACAACAGAAACAAGCCACAACACAACGGAAUAGCCACAACACAACGGAAAUGAUCCGGACCACUAGGGGGCAGCGUCGGCACUAAAUGACUAAAUUUUGACUGUCUGAUCAGCCUCACGUUCUGUUCCUGUCAAUCAUACACAAGGUGUCAACCAUUUAUACGGCAUGAGGGAGGGGCCGAGCCAUCACACACUCACACACACACACACACACACACACACACAGCGUCAAACUCGGAGGAGAGGAGAGGAAAAACACAUGUGAAAACAAAGCAAAAGCAGGAAAAUGAGUCGGAAGAACAGCAGCAUUUGGAACCACUUUAAUGAUGUGGACAAUGUUAAAGCACAGUGUAGAAUUUGCCAAAAAAAAAUAUCGCAUAAAGCCGGUUCUACGCACAACCUACACCGGCAUAUGCGAACUGUGCACCCAACUGUGAAGCUAGCGGAGCUUCGAGAAACAGCUUUUUCUUUAAUAUGGGUUCUAUUAUGUUCAGAUUGUAUUUGUUUUGAAUGUUGUUUCUAUACAUUAAAAAGUUCUAAUGCAAAUGCUUAAUAGUAUUAUUUUUUCAUAACAAAUCAAUGCAUUUUUAAAGAAAUUGUGAGACAUUGCGAGUAUAAGUUCAUUUAAUAAUUGAAUUAGAAUUGUUUUCACACCUAUCAUAGAGAAAACAUUUUUUUUUUAAAGAGCCGUUUGUGAGCCAAAAGAGCCAGCUCUUUUCAGUGAGCUGAGUCAAAUGAGCCGACUCACGAAAAAGAGCCGGAUUGCCCAUCACUAAUCCAGACCGCCAGCGAUAACGCAUGGGAGAUUGAGAGCAAUUUACCGUUUCCGG